CUUCAAUUCUACUCAUCUUAGGAGUCAAGAUAUUGGAAAGUCAAUUCUUGUAGUUGUACAUCUCCAGUGACUCAUCCUGGGUCCUUUUGCUACCCCUACACACUGGUUUGCCAUUUCUUUCGUAUGCGAGCGAGACAACAAGACCAUGAAAGACCGUACAUGUCCGAGAUAUAAUGACUGCAGUCUAGUUUAGUCAUAACGAGGAGAUUCCAGACACCUACGAGUCACAUUAGUGGUCACGUCACAUCCUCUUCCACACCAAACCUUCAAAGUUCCAGUCUUAUGAUUAGCUAUGGACCAAACUAUGAGUCUGACCGACGUGGUAUCAGUCUUGCAAGAAAUUAUGCAGACGCCAGGGCUACCCUCAUCGGAAGAUGCUGUUCAACAGGGUCAAGAAACAUCUUCUGUGUCUACCAAGAAGUCUACCCGGCCCAUCCUGCCCAUCAAUUUUCCACCACUCGACACCCUCGCCCUGGUCGACAGCACCCAACCGACCGAGCAUGACAACUCCUUACAAAGUCUUAAGUCUCAUCUGAUCGAACAUAUUCUCCCUUAUCUCAAUAGCCAGUCACUGUCUCCCAACUACUAUGGUUUCGUUGUCGGUGGAGUCACUCCCGCAGCACUGCUGGGUGACUUUAUCGCCUCCAUAUACGACCAGAACGUAUUCAUGCAUCUACCCAAUGACACCCUCUGCACCGCCAUCGAGGUCCAAGCCUUGAACGCCUUGGCUUUGGAUUUCUUCAGGCUCUCACCUAGAGAAGCUUGGGAGGUUGGUGGGCCAGGCUCAGGGGGCGCCACUUUUACAACAGGUGCCACUGGCAGCAACAUCUUGGGCUUGGCACUAGGAAGGGAGUUUGUCCUGCGCAAAGCUCUCGAGACAAAGGGUGUUGCGUUGGCCGACGCGAGUGUCGGGGAGUAUGGCCUCUUUGAAGUGAUGGAUCUGGCUGGCGUUAAGAAAAUCCAAGUCUUGAGCACACUUCCGCAUUCAACCAUUGCUAAGGCUGCUAGUGUAGUGGGCAUUGGUAGGAGAAACGUUGUGUCCAUCGCUACUCACGACGAUCCUCUGCAAAUCGAUUUAGAAAAGCUCAAGGCCGAGGUGGAGAAGAAAGACACGUUGAAUAUUCUGGCAAUCUCCGCCGGCGAGGUCAAUACGGGCCGAUUUGCCACAUAUUCUGGCGCUAAUAUGAAGGAAAUCAGGCAUAUUUGCUCUCAAAAUCAUGUGUGGAUCCAUGUCGAUGGUGCUUUCGGUCUUUUUGGAAGGCUCUUCACCAACGAUGAUCCCGACUAUUCCCAUGUUGCUCGCAGUCUCGAGGGACUCGACUUGGCAGACUCAAUUACAGGCGACUGCCACAAGUUGUUGAAUGUCCCCUAUGACUGUGGGAUUUUCUUUACCCGUCACAAAUCCCUGAGCGAACAUGUCUUUCGCAACGGCAACGCUGCGUACUUGACCAGUGGUUUGGGCCCAGACGACGGAAUCCAAUCUCCAGGAAAUAUUGGCCUUGAGAAUUCUCGACGUUUCCGAGCCUUGCCAGUCUAUGCUACCGUCAAAGCGUAUGGUCGACAAUCUCAUGUCGCCAUGUUGAAGCGACAAAUCAACCUGGCUCGCCGGAUAACUGAGUGGCUGCUGAGAGACGAUCGUUUCCAGGUCUUGCCGGGCGGACUGGACAAAGCUGACAUUAUAAACAAGACAUACAUCAUCGUGCUCUUCCGCGCAACGGAUCCAGAGGUCAACAAGUCUUUAGUGAAAAUGGUAAAUGCCGAUGGGCGCAUCUACGUCAGUGGAACCGUCUGGGACGGCGAGCCCGCAGCACGCAUAGCCGUGAGCAACUGGCGGGUGGACGUGGACAGAGAUGCGACCUUGGUACAGCAGGUCUUGAAUUCCGUGGCUAGGAGUCGCUGA